AUGAAUUUUAAUGAAAAUACAGAAGAAAAGAUUCCUCAAACAGUAAUAUUAACAGAAGAAGUUAAUUUAGGAUUUGGUGUAUGUAAAUGUAUCGAAUUUCUUAAAACACAUGGAGGGGUAGAUGAUGGAAUAAAAGAAGAUGAUGAGAUUGAUCUUGAUAGAGUGGAUGAUUUAGGACGAACCAUCAAACCAUUAGAACAAUACAGAAUGAUGUGUCACAGGUUUCAUGGAAAAAAUCCAAGCAAAAAUAAAAUCAAAAGAACAAAUAAGUUAAGAGCACAAGACAUUCUAAAAUUAAGAAUGUCAUUCCAAGACACUCCAUUAGGAAUGAUUAACACUGCUAAAAAACUUAUGAUAGAACAACAUAAACCAUUUCUUGAUGUCAAAUUAGAAAAAAAAUAA